CUGUGUGACGGGGAUGCCGCCUGGAGGAGCCUGGAGCUCGCGUCACCAUGGAAGCGCUCAGUUUGCGACGUGCAUUCGCCAUUUUGCUUCCUCGGUGUGUGUGUGUGUGUGUGUGAGUGUGACUACGCGUGUACAUGUGUGUGUUUGUGUGGGCUCCUCUAGACCUGACAACCCCCGCAGCUCCCUUAACACUCCUCAGUCCGUUCACCAGCUCCAACAACCGUGGGGAAACAUGUCUGCACACGGAGAAGAGCCGUAGCCGCCGCAGUACGACAUGGGUAUUCGGACAACGUAGCGUUUUAGUCUCGUCGAGCGUCGCCGGAGAGGACCGAGAGAAAUGCGGGCAAGGUGGUUUUCAAUCACCAACCAUUCCGACUUCUGACCACAUCAUCACACCAUCAAUCAUGAUCGCUGGAUUGAUCUCCCAGGAGUUACACAAGCAGCUUCUGGACCCAAAGAGUUACCAAAGCCGCACAGAUGGUGUGAAAGAACUCAAACGCGUCCUCUCAGAGGUGGACAUCAAGUCAGUCCCCUCUGACAGUGUUGAGGACUUAAUCAAUUUUCUCCCUCGACUCCUGGAAGACAGUAAUUUCCAAGUGAUGCUCGGCACCUUACAGGUUUUAAACAUUCUCAUUCAGAGGCUAGACACAAGUGUGGAGAAAUAUUUCAAACUAUUACUCUUGGUGGCCUUCAAGGCCCUUGGGGAUGCUCGCACCAUCACCAGGGUUGAAUACAUGAAGGCGUUUCAAAGGCUGAUGAAAACUGUUGCGCCGCAACAAGUAUUAGAUCAUCUCGUCAGUAAAUUGAAGCACAAGAAUUCAAGGGUUAGGGAAGAUGUCCUUAACAUCAUUAUGGUAGCUAUGCUUACUCAUCCAAGGAGAGAUUUCAACAUCCCUAAGCUUUGUCAUGAGGUUGCACCAUAUUUGGCAGACAGCAAAAAGAAAGUCCGACAUGCUGCCCUAGAGCUGUUUGCUGUUUUUGACUCGUGCCUUGACACAGGGAAAAAGCAGCUUCUAAUGAAAGCUGUGGACAUGGUUGAGCUAAAUGGGGAUGCAGAGGGUCUAAUGGCAGCUGUACAGGCGAGACGAGCAAGGCAUCUCCUCCCUAAACUCUCCUCAGAGGGAAUAUUGGAGUAUGGCUUAGUUGUGUCCAAACCAGGACAGAGGUGCACACUGCAGUACGGUUCUGGAGCUGAUCUGGACUGGGUGAUGAAUGGAGGGCGGAUCAGCAGUGCCAGGAGCAACAAAACUGAACCGGACUUUGACCGAUUGUAUGGCUAUGGCAGCUUAGGCUCCCUCACUGAUGACCUUCCACUCCAAAGGAGGAUUGUCAGUGCGGGCAAAGGGAAAAACAAACUUCCCUGGGAGAUGUUGAGCUUCUCAUCCACUGUGAAUGACCAGAAAUGCAAUACACCUAAUCGAACGUGCUCGGAACAGGUGGCCACCAAGGAUUUCCUUCUCCUGUCCAGGAAGCUAAGUCCAGAGGCCUACAUACCCAGUUUUAGUUCUUUAGAUCCACAGAAGCAUCAAUUCUCCAGAAGAAGGAGGCCUCCUGCUCGCCUCAGGAGAAGUGGAAGCCUCAACUUAGACCCUGACAUCUUCAAAACCACCAACUUCUGUGACCCAGAUGUUGUGGCACCCAAAGGGCGCAUGCUCCAGAGGAACCCCAGUGUUGAGCGCACAUUUUCCCUUCCCUCUAACCCCACCACAUCUGGCUCAUUCCUACUGCCCUCCUACCCACUGGCUGCACUCCCAGGAGGCAUGCUUACCCCAACACUGUCCCGUCGCCAUGGAGAUCCCUCCCUGUCUAUGUCCAACACCUGGCCCAACAAGAGGGAGAGCAGCCCUCAACAGCAAGACACCAGCCCCUGGAGAGAAACAGCAAAGGGAGACCUCUCCAGCAGAUGCUCUCCCAGGCCUCUCCUUGCCACCCUAAUGACUUCCUCUUCCACUUCGUCUUUCCGCCGGGCUCUGAGCAGCACCAGGGCAACCGUUUCUGUCUCACCAGUAGUCCCUCCGGGAGAGCAGGCCCAGUCUCAUAACGACCAGAGGUACAAUGCUUCAGGCAACUUUCAGAACCAACAGCUAGAAAAGAGCCUUCAGCUGGACCCUGAUGGCUUCAGUGCAGUGCAGGAUCUUCAAGAAGAGGAUCCUCUGGACAAGCAGGAGAUGCGGAACUCUCUGCGCUCAUUGCACAAUAGUGCGGCCAAGAAGAGGGUCAAAAUAGGCCUUAGCAGUCCAGAUCCAGGCAGCCCCGACUCUGCUGUGAGAUUAGAUUUGGAUUCACUAUCACACACCUCUCCAAAGCUUACCAGCUCAGCCAGUGAAAGUGGUCUUUCCAGUCUGAGCUCGGUGGCCGACACCAGUUGUAAUGGCUUCAAAACCAGUCCUGGAAACUCUACAGGCCCUCGCAUUGCAAGAGUGCCUUCUGCAAAACGGAGGUCUUCUGUGUCCAUGGACUUCAGUAGCCUUCAAGGAUUAAGAAAUGAACCGUCACCUGAGGUGGGUGUUGUUGGGCAGAGAGUGACUUAUUCCAAUGGAACAAUCAAAACUGAGAUGGAGACAACAGGCACCUCCCCUCCUUUGGUCAAACCUGACUUUCAUGAAGCAGUUAGGGGUCUGAAGCCUACCAAAGGGUCACAGAACCAAAGCAGCAGAAACUCACCGGGCACAGACAUGCCCGAAGGAGUCAUUGGAAAAGGCAUGUUUGGCAGUGCAGUGUCCUGCCAUCCAGGAGUCGUCUUUUCACUUGAGCAGGGUGAAACUGUGGCCAAACCCUCCUCUUAUCCCUCAGCUGAUGUCUACAACCACACUCUGUAUGAAAGUCAGAUAGACAGUGAUGACAGCCCACGUCCUGAUGAAUAUAAGGAGAGGGUGAACAACACAAGGUUCAGCCAGGACAGGAUGCAGCUGCAGCCUCUGGAUCAGCACGAGUGUGGUCAGGGGGACAACGCACAAGAGAAGAUCCGCCACCGUGUCAGACACAUGUUGUCUUAUUCACCAACUGAGGAGAACAGAGCAUUAAUCUUUAAAGAUCUGCAUUUAAAUGGCAGCACACUGUCUUCCCCCAAAGCAGACAACCUUUCUACCCCUCUUAGCACCAGCCACCCCGACAGCCCACCAGGACCCCAAAGCUCCCUCAAGUGCCUCACUCCGCCCCACCAGCCGAGCCCCCCCACAGUGCCCCCCAACCCUAAAAAUGUCUCGCAGCUCCGGAGGACUUCCAGCCUCAGGAGGAUACAACCUUCUCCAUCAAAUAGCCCGGAGCCGUGUCCGCUUUCCAAACCCAACCUGGCGCUGACCGAGAGCUUCGACCUGCUGAAUUCUGGGGACUGGGAGAAGAAGAUUGAGGGCCUAAAGAUCCUGCGCUCUCUGGCCCACCACCACUCAGACAUACUCCAGGCCAGGCUUCAUGAUGUCUGCCUUUCUGUCAUUCAAGAGGUGAAGAACUUGCGAUCAAGCGUGUCCAAGUUUGCAGUGUGCACAGUGGGUGAUCUCUACACCCACAUGCAAAAGGCAAUGGACCAGGAGCUGGAGAGGACAGUUAAAACUUUACUACAGAAAGCUGGGGAUACCAACGUCUUCAUCAGGCAAGAUGUUGAUGCAGCCCUGGAUUGCAUGGUGCAGCACUGCACCCCCACUCGUAGCAUCAACGCUCUACUCACUGGAGGACUCAGUCACCUCAAUGCAAUGGUGAGAAAAUGCACCAGUCAGCAUCUGGCCAAUCUGGUGGAGAAGGUUGGUGCUGCCCGUCUCCUCUCUGGGGGUAAAGAUCACAAUGAGAGGAUUUUACCUGCUGUCACAAAACUCGCACAAGACUCCUCACAGGAAGUCAGGCACUUUGGGCGUCAGAUGUUGCUGUCCCUGUCAUCCCAUCCUGACUUUGACAAGCUCCUGGAGAAAUACAUCCCCACAAAAGACCUGCCAACUGUUAGAGAUACUGUCUGCACUCUCAAGACAAAGGGUCAAAACACCCAGUCAGCCAGGGGCAAUCGCUCGCUCCCAGGCAGUGGAACAUUCAGAGCCUCGUCUCUCACCAGGGUGCAUCUCAACCAUACCAACAGGGAGUCUAAUUAUAGCUAUAAAUCUCCGAGCAUUGUAGACAAGGGUCAAUACAUCAAGCAGAUCUCAGAUCAGCUGGGUUCAAAAGACUUCAGAGAGAGGAUAGAGGGAAUCAACCAGCUUGUGGAAGACUGCCAGCACAACCCCAACAUGGUCAUCAAAAGUAUAUUCCCGGUGUUUGAUGCCUUCAAGGGCCGGCUGCUGGAGUCCAACACUAAGGUCAACCUGCACGCCCUCGAGUCGCUGCAGAAAAUUAUCCUCCUGAUGAAGGAGGACCUGUCCCAAGUGGUCAACAUCCUGAUCCCUGCAAUCGUGGAUAAUCACCUCAACUCUAAAAGCAAUGCCAUCUACUCUGCUGCUGUUGGAGCCAUUGAUGCACUCAUCUUAAAUCUCGAUAAUACACAUCUCCUUCAACCUCUCUGCACCAAGGCAAAAUUUUUAAAUGGCAAAGCAAAGGUGGAUCUUAUUGCAAAGGUUGCAGACAUUGUGACAGAGCUCUACCAUCGCAAACCCCAGAUGGUGGAGCAGAAAGUGCUUCCCUUAGUGUGGCACCUCCUGGGUACCUCCACCCACAGCGGUUGCGGCGGCAGCGUGCGGGCUGCCACUGCCAAACUGUGCCAAGCCCUUGACGCCCAGAUGGGGUCCAGUCUGAAUGUGUGUGCCGCCUCCCAGCCUUUCAACAUCCAGAAAAAUUUAAAAGAGAUCCUUAGGGCCUCAUAAAGUUUAAGCCGAAUCCAAACACAACCAAAUGUUGGAAGAGAAGAACAUUGACACUUAUGAGGGGCUGUCAGGGACAUUAUUCAGAAUUACCUCUCACACACACACAUGUGAAAUGCUCUCAUACAUACAUGUGAAAUGCUCUCAUACACACACAACUAGUACAUCAUACAACAUACUAGUACAUCAUACUAGUAAAAUUUGCCCAUAUACACAGCUGAAAUGCUCUUAUAUAGAAUUCUACUAGUAAUUGAACUAUAACAGUUCAGUAGUGAAUAUGAAAAUUACAGUUAAACAGGAAGGCCUUUCUGUCAUGUGAUGCAGGCACAUGCACAGACAUUUUAGGGGCAGGUGCUCAAGCCUUGGUGCCAUCUCUUGGAAGAUUUUUAUGACCUCACUUUUAUUUGUAUGUCUUGCUCAAUGGCAAGCAGGAGAAGGUCAGAGAGUCUUUCUUCCCCACAGAGAAUUUGUAAAACUGUCUUUAAAUUGUCUGUCUGUGUCUGUCUGUCCCCCUCUCUCUUCAUUAAACAUGACAAACGUCAGUAAACAGCUGGACAAGGCUUUGAAAUCACAGAUUUCAUUAGUACAAAACGUGUAGGCUAUGCGUUAUGCAUGGAUGCUGUUUGUAUGAAAAGGGAAGCGUUUUUAGCAGGUUUGACGCCUAAAAAUGUUUAGUUUCUUUGUUUAGGAAACGUCGGGCCAGUAGCCACAUAAUGUUUUCAGGGGCACUACAAUGUUAAGUAUUGCGGUUAAUUUUGCACCAAACAAUGUCAGGGACUGAUGCUGCAGGUCAGAGGAGUCCUGCAGGCUGCAGGGGUUUGACACUUAGGGUUGUAUGAGAGCUAAGUGGAGGAGGAGGAGGGACAGGCAAGGUGGGGGCUUGUGUGCACCGUGGAUCAGAUCAGGGCAGAAUUCUCACAAGAACUAAAAUUUCAUUAAAUGUCAUUGGUGUUGCGAACAACGUGGCUGACGAUCAACACGUGAAUCGCGCUGUGAACUGGCAUUUUAGUUGAACCGAAGAUCUUCCGUUUUUACUGAAACACCUUCCGUUUUAACUGAAAUGCUCUCACACAUUAUAGUGAAAUAUAUUAUGUAUAUUAUAUGAGAGCAUUUCAGUAGUGUGCAAAUCAUUUUUCAGUUGUUUAUGUGAGAGUGUUUCAGUAUUGUAUGUAAGAGCAUUUCACGUGUGUGUGUGUGUGAGAGGUAAUUCUGAAUAAUGUCCCUGAUGGCCCCUCUUAGACACUGAUCUUACUUGAAGACAGAGAUGUUCCACAUUUCUCACAGUGCCUGCACUUUUGUAUCACAAUAGACAAAGUCCUUAAAGAAUUCUUAUCUCAGUGAGAUUUUCUGAUACAGAAACAUGAACAACUGAAACACACACUCAACCUGCUCUCUUUGCACUUUGAAAAGGUAACUCAUCAUCAUGAUAAAUGUCAUGACUUUUACAUUAUAACAUCCUAUUAUUGUCAUUGCUUCUUUUUUCCCAUAAUCUAAACACAUGUACUGUAGACAAAUCAGAGACACUAUCGUAGAGUGUACAAAUGAAAUGCACAAAAAGACAAGGAAGAAGACAGGGAAUUGAAAUGUGUAUAUUUUUGCUGUUGCACCAGAUGCGAUGUUAAUACUUUUAAGAUGUCUUCUGUAGUUGUUUUAAAUGUUUGUGAAUUGAGAUUAACAAUAAUAGUACAAAAUACUUUGUACAGCUCUAAAGUGUAUUUGCACAGUAUUAAUUGUAUGCUGUUCGAUGGUACAGUUUACAAUUUAUCUAUCAUGUAAUGGUUUCAAAGUCAUAUUAAUGAUGUGAUGAGGUGAUUUUGUCUCUUUGUUUUUGUUUUGCAUGACCUAAAGUUACUGGCAAGAUCAAAAAGUUUCUAUUUUUGUUAUAUAUAUAUAUAUAUAAAAGGCAAACUUAAAGUUUUUUGUGGGUCUGAGCAGUUUAGUCAUCAGAUGGAGAGGCGGUUGAAGAUGGGAAGACGCUCUGUGUUGUGCGAUCAGUUCUCUGUGUGUGUCCAUGUGCGCGCAUUGAUGAUUAGAUCACACUUGGGUUCUGACUAAUGCUCCUGGAUGGGGAUGGCGUGAAAGCAUAAAGGAGUGCGGUUACUCCAGCGGUUGCCUGAGAAACAGUGAUGCCCCCAAUCUGACUCUGUCUCAGAAUAGUGCCAGUCUUCAUGUAGCCUUUUCAUUCAUUUAUUGUUAAAUUAUAUCACACUUUAUGUUUGUGAACAAGAGCAAAGAUGGACUGAUAUAUAAAUAAAGUGUUUUAUUUAGGUACUAUUAAACAGCAGGUGCCUCAUUCACAUUUUUAAGGGAGAAGCUACAUUUACAGUUUUUAUAUCUUUGCAAGGGCGGAAGACAGAUGCUGGAAACUCUGUGCUUUUGGGUUGUCCAUAUUUCUUCAAAUGCGGUACAAAUUUUCAGUUGGACUCAAGAAUGAAAAAUGUUUGUGGUCAAAGUUCAAGGUCACUGGUCCUCACAAAACACAUCUUCUGCCGUGUGAACACAACACCUCAAGAGCACCAUGAAGAAAUCCUUUCAAAUUUGUUACAAACAUUCACUUGGACUCACAAAUGAAUUGAUUAGAAUAUGGUAGUCAAAGGUCACUGUGACCUUAUAUGAGUGCGUGUGUGGGGUGGGGGGGAUGGUAAUUCUAGUUUAAAGAUGAAAAUUUAAUUUUACUCUGUCAAAGAAACACACGUCAUUCUAUCUUUAACCUGAUUUACCUUUAUUCAUGGAUACAGUUGGUGAUAAACAUGAGGAUACAUGCGUUUUUGGGUUGUUAUAACUGUCAAAUUCAUAUGGCAUGAUGUGUAAAGCUAAUUAACCCUCUUAAAAUGUGAAAUAACAGAAAACAGCUGACUUAAAGAUCUUUGAUGAACAAACUGAAACGAGAGAUUUCACAUGUUCCAAGGUCCUGUAGAAGAGGUAGGUUUAGCAAGCAGUGCAAAAGACUUAUAUUUUAAUUAACAAAUGCACCAAUGCUUUGACAUGC